UACCGCUCUGUGAAGAAGCAUCGCGACGUGAUUGUCAUCGAAUUUCGAACUUUCUUUCGUGAUUAUUGAACAGUCAGCGACAGGAAUUUAAUAAGUGAUUUCAAGCCGUGGCAGCAGACAACGUUGUGCAGUAUGUCAAAGCGUCGUUUAGUUAUUUUCUCCGCCAUUUUACCAAGGGCAAAGAUUAUGGCAACGUAUCAACGCGGCAGUGUCUAAAACCGUUGACGAGGGAAGCAUGCGAAGAAAAUCGAGCGAAAGAAGAUUUCUCGACACGGAAAGGGCGGAUUCUCAAGGGAUUUCGUUAGAAAGAGUACUGUUGCAAAUCGUCAGUACAACUGAGCAAAGUGCUUAAAAGCGUGCACGAUGGAAAACGUGCUGAUGAGCGAUAGACAAGUGGACGCAACCUUUCAAGUGUCGUUGUCAAGAAGUUAAUCGUCGCCAUGUCGAACCAGACAAAUACCACCGAUUUUAUCGAUUACGAUCUCAAUGAGUCGUUCAGUCACUUCGACUGGGAGGAACUGGCACCCGUUCUCGUCGUCUAUUCCCUCACGUUUUUCCUCGGAUUAGUCGGAAAUGUCGUCAUCAUCGGUUCGACGCUGUGCCCGAGACUUAGACCUCUACCAUCCACACCGACUAAUGUCUUCCUGGGUGGCUUGGCAACGGCCGAUCUCCUCCUCAUACUCUUCUGCAUUCCCGUAAAGGUGGCCAAGCUGUUCUCCUACACGUGGACGAUGGGCCUGUUUCUAUGCAAGUCGGUGCAUUAUAUGCAGAGCGUCUCGGCUAUUUGCUCGGUCGUCACGUUAACCGCAAUGUCGAUAGAAAGAUAUUACGCUAUAGUUCAUCCAAUGCGGGCGCAGUACACUUGUACAAUAAGUCAGGCACGUAAAAUAGUAAUUACAACGUGGGUGGUGUCAUUCCUUCUCGGUAUUCCUAUGAUCUUCACGCAGACGCAUAAGGAGGUUGGACUGAGGGUGAUUGCUUACUGGUGCGUACGCGAUUCGGAAUUUGGACUUUUGUGGCGUGCACACGAGGUUUAUAUGUUGGUCCUGGUUCUGGUGUUACCCCUGACCGUAAUGGGCUAUUGUUACACGGCUAUUUGUUGGGAGAUUUGGCGAGUUAUGAAACGUCGAUAUCACCUGACAUCUCGUCGCACACUGAAUCCGACAAACGUCGAUGUGGAAUCCAUACCAAUGACACAGAGGCAGAGCGUAAGAAAUAGUCGUCGUGCCCAGAGAGAGGAUGGCCAGACCGAAGAGGAAUCUCGAACGAUAAGACAGGUGGUGAAAAUGUUGGUCGCCGUGGUCGUGCUGUUUGUCAUUUGCUGGGGUCCGAUUCUCGUGGACAACAUGCUCACCUCCUACGGAUAUUUGCCACGCAUAAAAGUUGGCACGUACAAACACCUCAACACAGCUUUUCAGCUGAUGGCUUAUUUUAACAGUUGCAUAAAUCCGAUCGUAUACGGAUUUAUGUCAAAACACUUCAGAGAGAGUUUCCUAUCGGCGGCCUGCGGCGGCUGGUGGAUCUGUUGGUGCAGAAGAGGAUACAGAGCGCCUGUAAGACGGCAUCCAAGCCUCAGCCAGACCAGGACGACCAGUAUCAGGCUCGAAAGACGUUUACCCUGGUCGUCAGGCUGUGAUUCUGUUCCGCGAAUGAUGGACCUGAUUAUUUCGCCGUGCCCGGCCCACGUCGAGGCAGCUCUUCCACAGGUAAAACCAACCAAAGAAGCACCACAGAACAGGCCACGAAGAAAUCCAGAAGAAGUAAAGUGUUUUCCAAUAGUUCCUAACCGAGGAAGACGUUGCUAUUCACGUUUAUUAUUUUCAAAGACUCAUGUGCGAAUUUCAAAACCAUAUUCGGCGAUUUUUUCGCGAUUAUUUCGCGAAGCGUCGCAUUGCUCAAGUGUACAGAUGCUGAGAAUUGCUGAGAGAGAGAGAGAGAGAGAGAGAGAGAGUUUAGAUAGGAAUUCGUCGCACGUGAUAUUCGUUUUGAAAAAAUUAUUCAACGAAAUGGUCGAGGCUUUCGCGUUGGAUUUUUACCAGAAUCUUUCUUUGAGAAAUGACCGAUAUAUUUCUUUAGAUGCAAAGGUUGCUCGUAUCAGAGAUUCCGUAAAUUCUAUUGGCAAGCCUCGUUCACGAAAACCUCGAAAUUGGAUAUUGAUUAAUUGUCGUUUGCUUGUUUCUUCGGUCGAGAGGUUUAAUUGAAAGUUUUAUACAGGUAGACUGGCAAGUUUUUCGUUGCAAAGUGGACAGAUGUUUGCAAAAAUCGCAUAAACAUCAUCAUUCGUAUCUGUUUACGUGUUUACAUUAUUGACUAAUUGGAUGUAUAGAAUUUUUCAGUCGUUUAUGAAUUGUGUAAACGUACCAGAGAAGAUUAUCUGUUUCAACUGUUUUUAGACGAACAUUUCUGAUUUGGGAUUGUCAUAGCGAAGCGGUAGAAGUGGUGUAGUGAAGCUUGUUAAACUUCUAAUAUUCCAAGUAAAUUCGCAAAUUGAUCAAAAGAACUUUCUCUCAUGACGAACACUAGUUUUUAAAUUAUCGUGACUACGAAUGAAACAGAUGGGAACUAAACACGUUCGUGAAGUUUGCAGGGUAAAUUCUUUCCAGAAUAUCGUUCAUCAAGACGAUGUAAUUUGAUUUGUCUACUACAUAGUUGUACAUAUAUAAGCAUAUAUGUUGUAAGUAUACAAAUAAUCUAUAUCGUCACAGAGGCUUCGAAUUUUCUCAGCAAUCGCAUAAAAUUCUAUAAAGAAUAUACUAUACGGAGUAAUUUAAAAAAAAAAUAUACAGAUGCGCUGUAAAAAAUCUUCACACAGUCCCGGUAUUACAUCGAUAAUUGUAGAUUCAACUUAAGUGUAUUAGCUAUCGACUGAAAAUCUUCACUGAUUUUCAACCAAUGGGAAAAAGAAUCGCUAAUUAACCGUAAAGUACUGUACGUGAAUUCUCUACGUAAUUUAAUCGCGGUUGAUCUAUAGAAUAUACUUUAGCAAAUUGUAUCAUAAUGUAGAAAUUGAAAUUUUCGCCAUUUUAAUUUCUCGUCGUUCUAGAUCCUAGCUAAUGGAUACGAAGAUUCCUACAGUACAGUUUUCAUCAUACGUUCAGGCAUAACAUCAUUCCACGAGUAAUGUAAUUUU